UCCUCCGCCCAUCAUGUCCUCCAAGGCCAUCCGGGAGUACGACGCCAAGCUGCUGCUGGCCUACUGGCUCGAGCGCGCCCCGCCCGUCGACAAGACCGCGACGGUGUCGACCAACUUCGUCUACCCCUCGCCAAAGGUCGCCCAGGUCGCCUGGGAUCCCGAGACCAACUCGAUCACCCCCGACUCUCAGCUCCCCAGUUGGGUCUUCACCACCAAGCUCGUCGCAAAGCCCGACCAGCUCAUCAAGCGUCGCGGCAAGGCUGGUCUCCUGUGCCUGAACAAGGACUGGAGUGAGGCCAAGGAAUGGAUCGCGCAACGCGCGGGCAAGCCUCAGAAGGUCGAGUCCGUGACCGGCACCCUCAACAACUUCAUCCUCGAGCCGUUCCUCCCGCACCCCUCCAACACCGAAUAUUACGUCUGCAUCACCUCCCAGCGUGAGGGCGACCUCAUCCUCUUCACCCACGAAGGUGGUGUCGACAUUGGCGAUGUCGAUGCCAAGGCGCUCACCCUCCUCAUCCCCGUUAACGCGCCCUUCCCCUCGCGCGACGAGAUCGCCUCUAAGCUCCUCGCCCACGUGCCCGCUGACAAAAAGGAGACCCUCGUCGACUUCCUCGUCCGCCUAUACUCUGUCUACGUCGACCUCCACUUCGCCUACCUCGAGAUCAACCCUCUCAUCUGCCUCGAUGGCGUCAACGGCGCGCCCCCGACCAUCCACUACCUCGACAUGGCCGCCAAGCUCGACCAAACUGCUGAGAGCAUAUGCGGCCCCAAGUGGGCGAUUGCGCGCGACCUGUCCGUCUACGCUGAGACUGGCCCGUCUGCGACCACGACCAAGGGCAAGGUCACCGCUGACCGCGGCCCACCCAUGGUCUGGCCCGCUCCCUUCGGUCGUGACCUGACCAAGGAGGAAGCUUACAUCCAGAAGCUCGAUGCGUCGACCGGUGCUUCCCUCAAGCUUACCGUGCUCAACCCUGAGGGCCGCAUCUGGACCAUGGUCGCCGGUGGUGGUGCCUCCGUCGUCUACUCCGAUGCCAUCGCCGCGCACGGCUUCGCGCACGAACUCGCCAACUACGGUGAAUACUCCGGUGCCCCGACCGAGGGUCAGACCUACGAGUACGCCAAGACGAUCAUCGACCUCAUCACCCGCGGCAAGCCCCGUCCAGACGGCAAGAUCCUCAUCAUCGGCGGUGGUAUUGCCAACUUCACCAACGUCGCUGCCACCUUCAAGGGCAUCAUCCGCGCUCUGAAGGAGUACAGGACACCCCUCAUCAACCAUCAGGUCAAGAUUUACGUCCGCCGUGGUGGCCCCAACUACCAGGAGGGUCUCAAGGCGAUGCGCCUCCUCGGCGAGUCGCUCGGCGUCCCCAUCAAGGUCUAUGGCCCCGAGACGCACAUCACCGAGAUUGUCCCCCUUGCGCUGGGCAUCAAGACUGGCGUCAAGAGCGCCGCUGGCCUCGGCUCUAUCCCUGGUACCCCUGCAAACGAGACCGUCGAGCAAACCGUAGAUGGCGCUGCGUCUGCAGAGGCGACUGUGGGCGAGAUCCAUGCGGACGGCGAGCGCACGCAGGCGAACGACAAUAUCGCUCGCUUCGACAACCUCCAGGCUGCCGCCGGUGGCCGUCCCUGGUUCCGUCCCUUCGAUGCCUCGACCCGCUCCUUCGUGUACGGUCUCCAGCCCCGCGCCAUCCAGGGCAUGCUCGACUUUGACUACUCGUGCGGCCGUGACACCCCCUCCGUCGCGGCGAUGAUUUACCCCUUCGGUGGUCACCACAUCCAGAAGUUCUACUGGGGCACCAAGGAGACCCUCCUUCCCGUUUACACCAGUGUGGAGGAGGCCGUGCACAAGCACCCCGAUGUUGACGUCAUGGUCAACUUCGCCUCGUCGCGUUCCGUGUACUCCUCGACCCUCGAGGUUCUCCGCUACUCGCAGAUCAAGGCCGUCGCUAUCAUCGCCGAGGGUGUGCCUGAGCGCCACGCCCGCGAGAUCCUUCACCUCGCGAAGGCGAAGGGCGUCCUCAUUAUCGGCCCGGCCACCGUUGGUGGUAUCAAGCCCGGCUGCUUCAGGAUCGGUAACUCCGGAGGUAUGAUGGACAACAUCAUCUCCUCGAAGCUCUACCGCGCUGGCUCGGUCGGUUACGUCUCCAAGUCUGGAGGCAUGUCCAACGAGCUCAACAACAUCCUCUCGCUCGUUACCAACGGUACUUACGAGGGUAUCGCCAUCGGUGGUGACCGCUACCCUGGCUCGACCUUCAUCGACCACUUGCUUCGCUACGAAGCCGACCCCGAGUGCAAGAUGCUCGUCCUCCUCGGCGAGGUCGGUGGUAUCGAGGAGUACCGCGUCAUCGAGGCCGUCAAGUCCGGCAAGAUCAAGAAGCCUAUCGUCGCCUGGGCCAUCGGUACCUGCGCGAAGAUGUUCAGCACCGAGGUGCAGUUCGGCCACGCCGGCUCUAUGGCGAACUCGGACUUGGAGACCGCCGACGCGAAGAACAGCGCCAUGCGCGCCGCCGGAUUCAUCGUCCCCGAGACGUUCGAGGACCUCCCCAUCGCCCUCAAGUCGACCUACGAGAAGCUCGUUAGCGCCGGCGCCAUCGUGCCCAAGCCUGAGCGCGACCCGCCCGUCAUCCCCAUGGACUACAAGUGGGCGCAGGAGCUCGGCCUCAUCCGCAAGCCUGCUGCGUUCAUCUCCACCAUCUCCGACGAGCGUGGCCAGGAGCUCCUGUACUCCGGCAUGCCCAUCUCGCAAGUGUUCAAGGAGGAGAUUGGUAUCGGCGGUGUCGUCAGCUUGCUGUGGUUCAAGCGUCGUCUUCCGCCGUGGGCGACCAAGUUCAUCGAGAUGGUGCUCAUGCUUACUGCCGACCACGGCCCGGCCGUCUCAGGUGCUAUGAACACCAUCGUCACCACACGAGCGGGCAAGGACCUCAUCUCGUCCCUCGCGUCUGGUCUCCUCACCAUUGGUAGCCGCUUCGGCGGUGCCCUCGACGAGGCGGCCAGCAUGUUCUCGCAGGCGCGCGACACCGGCCUGACUCCUCGCGAGUUCGUCGACCAAUGCCGCAAGAACAACAAGCUCAUCUCCGGUAUUGGCCACAAGAUCAAGAGCGUCAACAACCCCGAUCUUCGUGUCGAGCUCGUGAAAGACUACGUGAAGAAGCACUUCCCCAGCCACAGCCUCCUCGACUACGCUCUCGCCGUCGAGAAGGUCACCACCUCGAAGAAGGACACGCUCAUCCUCAACGUCGACGGUUGUAUUGCCGUCUGCUUCGUCGACCUCCUCCGAGACUCGGGUGCCUUUUCGCCCGAGGAGGCGGACGAGUACAUUAAGAUUGGUACGCUCAACGGCCUCUUCGUGCUCGGCCGCAGCAUCGGCUUCAUCGGCCACCACCUCGACCAGAAGCGCCUCCGCGCGCCUCUAUACCGCCACCCCGCCGACGACAUCUUCAUCAACUUGCAGGACAUGUCGCAACCCCGCGUGUUGGGCAAGAUGGCGUAAGGGAGAGUCGGGGGGUUGUUCUUCGCGUGCUUUUCUUGGCUUGUCUUUCUCUCACACACAUCCGGAUUGGGACUGAUUUCUGUGCUGCUUCAUCGUCGUGUUUUGCAAAACAAUCAUCGUAAUGACUACUGUACGCUAGACAAAUAUAGAAAGGAAUUGUGUUCAUUGCAUC